GGGCCCGUUCAUUACUAGAGAGAGAAAGUGACGCUGUGGCAGCUGCCCAGCUAAGCCGAAGAUGCUGCUCAUUGCCUGCUGGAAGUGGGUAAAUAUAGUCCAUCUCCAUGACUCAGCCAGGAGCAGGGAGAAGACAUCCUGCUCUCCUCAUCUCUGUGGAGCCACUUGCAAGCGAGAAGCAGCUUCAUUUCUGACAGUGACUCACAUGGAGCUCAGGCAUUCCACUUGCAGUCCACGCUGGGCUGCAACCAGUCUCCGGAUGCUGUUGCAACAGGUGAGCUCUUGCUCACUUUUGCCAUGAUGCCACGUCUCCCAUCACCUUGCACCCCUCAGGUUGCUACCAGAGAGAAGGGUCUUUGAUUUCUCACCAUCCAGGCCUUCCAUCUUUUGCGAUCCAUCUCUAUCCAACUCUGUCGGUGUCUGGGGCUACCUUGCAUUCAUCCUCACUGGCCAGAGAGAAAGAGAGAGAUGUGCUAGGAUUCAGCUGAAGCUCAAACACAGGUCCAAUGCCCACCACAACCUGCGAGCAUUUGUGCGGCUGCCGUCGCGGCCCAAACGUGGAACAGGGGAAGUGGUAUGGUGUCCGUUCCUACUUGCACCUUUUUUAUGAGGACUGCACUGGCGCCAAUUUGGAUGAUGAUCUUGGGGAACCCAUGGCCUCUCCAGCCAGCAAUGGAUGGAUGUCUGUCCUCUGGAAGGUGACUCUUUCUGCUGGGAGCCUAUUGAUGCUCAUCGGAGGUGCGGCUUUAGCCACAGGCUACCUCCUCUCUCCCAAACUGGAAGGAAUCGGGGAAGCCGAGUUUGUGGUGCUGGAUCAGCAGGCAGUGGAGUACAACCAUGCCCUGGGCAUUUGCCGGGCGGUGGGCAUGGUGCUGUGUGCCAUUGCAGGAGCCCUCUUGGUCACCUGUGUCCUCUCCUCUGGUCUGGCCAGAAUGAACAAAGGAGAAGAAGCCAACAAGGAAGCGCUGCUUUCCCCCAUCGUGCAACAGGGGAGGUGGGGUGUCAUUGUCACAGAGCCACCGGUGCCCCUCCAAGCCUCACGGGUGCAGUGCGUUCAGCCAAAGAGAGAGCCGUAG